UGUACAUGAAAUUUGGGGGGUGAAUACAAUUAGAUGCAAGGAAUGAAAGUGAUCCUCUUCCUCCUGGAGAGAAAGAGGAUCACCACCAGGUAUGAAAAAAAACAACAACAACUUGUAACCCCCUCCCCUCCUUUCAGCUCCUUUUCCUGUAUAUUUGUACUGAUUUUGCACCUAUUUGUGGAAAUAUUUAUCUCUUUUUGAUUGUCUUUAAACCCAGGGAGGCCCCUUUGCUGAACCUAUAGGGCCUCAGGUUAUUAAUACAAUUCAGUGACAAUUUGUUCAUUCAACAAUACCAAAAAUGGAUUCCACUUUCCAAUCCUUUAUUUUAAAAAAAGGUUUAGAAGACCCACCCUAAUGACUUCAACAAUGUUAAUCAAUUAUUUCACCUCUGACCUCUUUAGAAAGCAGGGACAUAGAUGGAGAUGGACAGGCCUCUGCUUUUGUUUGCAGGCAUCAGCAGUCCACAUCCCUCCUCCUAAGUUUCAAAACCAGUUCACAAUUUCCCCAUUUUGUUUGUUUGGCUGACGUAUAUGCCUGUGGAAGCCAUUUGUAAAACCUCAAUCUGCAGGCUAAUGCAGCUUAUACAAAAAAUGUAAACUUACACUACAUGUGCGAGUUUAUACUCCUGUGCCUUUAACUAGCACACAUGCAUCUAACUCUGAUCCUUACACCCAUAUUGUGGCCCUGAGUCCCUGCUUCAUUACUUAGGGACAGCUCUAAACCCAGCAAUCAUGGAAAGUGCAGUCUUACAGGAUAUUAGAUAGAAUUAUCACGUUCACAAUCCGGAUCUUGAGAUUUGGUUUUGGAGAAUUAAGUGUAAUGAUCUAGAGCCUCUCACCGAGCUAUCUUAUUAAGUGAGAUCCAUCUGCAGCUCUUCUUUCAUGCUGCACCCGGGACAGAAACACGCCGCGUCUUUAGAGAGGCACCUGCCUUUCGUAACUUUUGUUAUGUUUUAUAUUUUGUGAAGCCGUUGCUUUGACCUUUGUACAUUUUUUGGGCUUGAAUUGGAGUGUUGAUGGACAGUUGACACUUUUAUUUCUCAACCAGGAGGCAGUUUGUGGCAUCAACAAGCAGUCCCACUGCUAUCCACUUCUACCUCGAGUGAAAUGGAGACUGUUGCCCUCCAAGGAAACUCCUCAGCGUCUCACGGCUCAGUCGACGAAGAGCUCCUCUCUCAGACUGGCUUUACAACACUGGCCGCUAUCAUGGGUGUGUUUUCUGUAGCGGGGAUCAUUCUCAACGUCCUUGUGAUCGUGGUGACAGUGAGUCACAGAAAGCUGAGGCAGCCUCUCAGCUAUGCCCUGGUCAACCUGGCCAUAUGUGACCUGGGCUGUGCCGUGUUUGGAGGUCUGCCCACCACAGUAACCAGCGCCAUGGGAUACUUUAGCCUGGGACGUGUGGGCUGUGUGUUGGAAGGCUUCGCUGUCGCCUUUUUUGGUAUAGCAAGUCUCUGUACAAUAGGAGUCAUUUCUGUUGAACGCUACAUAGUGGUGUGUUAUCCCAUGGGCGCCGUGCUGUUCCAGACCAGACAUGCAGUCGGCGGGGUGGUGCUGUCCUGGGUGUGGUCGUUUGUGUGGAACACUCCGCCUCUGUUUGGUUGGGGGAGUUAUGAGCUGGAGGGAGUGAAGACCUCCUGCGCCCCCAACUGGUACAGUCGGGAUGUUGGCAACAUGUCCUACAUCAUCAUAUACUUCUCUCUUUGCUUUGCCGUGCCCUUCUCCAUCAUCACAGUGUCCUACUCGCGGCUCUUGUGGACCCUACGUCAGGUGACCAAGCUGCAGGUAUCUGAGGUGGGAAUCACAAACCGUGUAGAGGUGCAGGUGGCACGUAUGGUAGUGGUCAUGGUGUUGGCCUUCCUAGUCACCUGGCUGCCAUAUGCUGCCAUGGCCUUGGCUGUCAUCCUAGACUCCAGUCUAUAUAUUGAUCCUGUUAUGGCCACCAUACCUGUUUAUUUGGCUAAAAGCAGCACCGUCUACAACCCCAUCAUUUAUGUUUUCAUGAACAGACAGUUCCGAGAAUACGCCGUGCCCACCAUCCUGUGCGGAUGGAACCCGUGGGCCUCAGACCCACAAACGUCUGAGGUUGAGAGCACUGUUGCAAGUCUCAACAAGAGUCAAAAAGUCUCGCCUAAACAAUCUUUGAAAGAAUAAACGUGUGUAGGUAUCCCCGUGGUGUCCUUCGUCUGCACCAGAUCAUCUGAACUCAACCGACGCCCUGCUCCCUUGACUGCAAGUAAAGAUUUAUUUUACAACUUGAAAAUAUCAAUUCGACUGAUAUGGAUGCCAGAUGCCAGGAAAGUUGGAUGCUGCAAAUUCUGUUUAAUCCCAUGUUAAACAAAAAAUAAAUUAAUGAUAAUAAUAAUAAAAAAUGGAAGAUGGAAAUAAUCACCACGAGACUCCCUGUCUCUCUGAAAGUUGUCAAAACUUUUCAUGUACUCAGACAAUAACCCUCGUCCUCUGUCAUGGAUGUUGUUGAUGAAUAAUUCUUUCUGAUGUCACUUUGAGGAUUAUAAUAAUGUGCCAAAUUCACUGGAUAUCAUGAUUCAAACUGUAGGGAUUAAAAACAUAGAUUUACAACAACCUUUUGCUAUGUUAAUUCAAAACUCAUGAGACAACACUUAUAUAUUGCUGAAAUUUAUGAUAUGCAUGAACAUAUUUACUCUGUAUAUGUACACCUUUUAAACUUCUCUAUAGUGCGAGCAAAGAAAUCUUCCUUCGAAUUUCCAUCCUUUUAGUCAGUGGCAGGAUUAACUGCGGGUUAGGAGGCUUACAUUCAAUAGUGUAAAUUUAAGAGAAAACACAUUCUCAAUUCAUUUACAUAGUCGACAUUAAAAAUCUGCAAUUGCAGAGGCAUCAUCUGAAGUGAAUAUUUGUUUGUGUCGCUACACAUGUGAAGUUGUAAUCUGUCUUACUUCCAAAAGAUUUUCAAAAGAUUUGACAAGAAAAAAAAGUACUUACAGUAUUUUUUUUAUUAGGUGUACACAUCCCCUUUACUUCUUAAGGUCUGUGCUCAAACAUGGUAAACACCCACCACACACAAUCAGACCAUUGUCACCUUUGUAUGACCGUUAUGGCUUUCAUUGAUAAAAAUCUAAAUUAUCAGUGUGUUAUACUCCUUUGCAAUGUGAUACUUCACUCCAGCCUUUUGGAUCUAGCAUGUUAAACAGCAAAAAAAAACAAAAACAAAAAACCUGUCAUCAUUUUAGUCAAGUCUCACAGUUUGAUCAUUCACAGUCAUUUCCCCCUCUCUAAAUACACACGAAUGUAAUCAUACGCAUCCUAUCACCUUGGCUUUUUUAUUGAUUACAGAAAUAUUGCUAUGACUUUCAUCAAGGAAAAGAAAGGGGAAAAAAAGCCAGAAUGUGAAUAGCUGUAUCAAACC